UCUAGAUUUAUAGAUUCUUAACCUACAGCUCAUGUUUAUCUAAGUUUUAGUAUCAUCUAAACUCCUUUUUGAAAAACCACGAUUGCUAUUUGCUAGUUAGCUAUCUCGAUCUAAAUGAAAACUUAAAACCAAAACCAUAAUCUUUAGGUCGAAGGUUUUUUUUUGCCUAUUAAUCAUCAUUGCAGAAAAUAGUUUAUUGGAAGCAAACGUGGUUGAUCGUCAGCGUCCGAAGUCUCUCUCUAGACAAGGUAUGGGGAAUUCAAUCGACAGUCUACCAGAUGAUCUGCUAAUUUCCAUAGUGUCGUUUUUACCCGUCAAAGAAGCAGCAACAACUUGCACCGUUGCAAAAAGAUGGCAAAAUUUAUGGAUGUUUUCUAGGGUUUUGGAGUUUGAUGGUUCAAAAAUGGCACCAAAAUUUGAGAAUGGGAAUAGAAUAUCGGUAGAGAGAGAGAAGGAAAUUUUUGUUAAUUGUGUGAAUAGAGUGUUGGACUUACAUUUGAGUGAAACCAUAGACGAAUUUAACUUAGCUCUCCAAUUAUAUAGUCCUAAUCUUAAUCACAAUCAUUAUCGUAGUGUCAUAGAUAGAUGGAUCCUAUUUGCCUUGAGAAAGAAGGUUAGGAAGCUGAAGUUGGAUUUUAAUCCAAACCUCAAUUAUCUGUUUCGGCUUGGACUUGAUGCGUAUGCUUUUCCAAACAUCGCACAUGAUUUUUCUAGUGCACUUCUUGACCAGUCGGCUCUUGUGUCGUUGGUCUCACUCAGCCUAACCCGGGUCUCUACAUCCGGGGAGAUUGUAGGGUUCUUUAUAUCUAACUGCCCGUUUCUUCAAGUGUUGCACCUAAAACAUGUUUGUGGCUUGGGAAGUUUGAGCCCUAGGAGCCCAGCAAUUAGGUUGAGGAGUUUGGUGAUAUUUGAUUGUAAGGAUAUUGCAAGUAUUGAGAUUUGCUCCCCAAGUCUAGUAUCAUUUGAAUUCACCAUAUUGAAUAGUAGUACCUACGCGACUCUCGUGUUAAAUGGUGUUUCAUCUCUUAUUCAUCUGAAUCUAAGAGCCAAUGAUCCGGGGAUCAUUUCUCGGUGGUUGAUGGACAUCUCUGGGUGUUUGUCACGGCUAGAGACGCUUAUUCUUGUGACAUUUAUGCCACAACAUGUGGAAGUGCCGCUGCUAUUUCCAGACUUACCUAGGCUGCAGAAGUUACACCUCCAUGUUGAAACAUUAGACACACAAAGCCUCCUUUGUUUUGUUCGCCUCAUAAAUUCUGCACCCUUGUUACAUUCAUUCAAAUUGGUGCUUGACCACGGAACACAAAGAAGACAAGCACGGCGCCUGCAUAACCAAGAGAAACUUCAAUGUCUUAAAGUGUUUGCAGUGGAAGGUUUUUCCAGCACGGCUGUCGCCAUGGAAAUGCUGCUUUACGUGCUUGAGAAUGCAGCCUCACUUGAGAAGAUGAUCAUUGACGGGAAGGUCAUUGUCGGCGAAGAGGUGGAACUGUUGAAAGCACAACUAGCAGAUAGCCCAAGUUGUGCCCAAGACAUAAUUAAUUCAUUGAUGAUGUUGCUUCUCAGGAAAAGAAAACGAAGAAAAAGUUCAUUGUUGAAGUUGUUGUAGCAUGUUGCAAGAUUUUGUUAUUAGUAGUAUAAUAUUUAUCGAUUUUUGUUUCCUA